AAAAUGUCGACAAUUCAAUUCCCCCCACCCGAUUUCCAUCCGAGUUAUUAUUAUUAUUUUGUCGUUUACUAAUCAACGGCUGUUAAUUGAAAAAGAAUCGUUUCAAUAAUUGCUGUUCCAUUUCUCUCUAGCCCACGGUGUAUAUUCUUCCGAGAUGAUCGAUCUUCUAGCCUCCGUCAACCCGCUCAUUCGCCCUAUGUAUACUGAAAAACUCAGCGAUAACAUCAUCAGUUUCAAAUGAAUUCAACUGUGAUUAACUCGACUCUGGACAAGAUUCCAAUUCAAAGAUUAAACACAAAAGAAAAGAGAGCCCAGACUUCCGCUGGCUUAAUAAUGAACAAAACCCCCUCAGCAGUAUACUAUAUAAUAAUAAUAAAAGCUUGUAUAAACGUCAACGUCUAGUCACAUUUGGAAUAAUGGAGCGCUAGAUAUAUAAUACCGGUACGCGAAAUAAUAAAAAAAAAGGUUGAUCUGCUGAUCGGUGACGGAGAGAAAAAGGGAGUGCGGAGAUUGGUCGCAGCCACAGGGGAAAAGGGCAGUGCCCAAACGGGUCUGAGAGCAGCUGAGGGGCCAAGUCGACGAUCAAAAGGCGGUUCCUCCCCAUAUGUAUAACCCCGUCCGAUAGUGAGAGGGGAAGGAGCAUGUAACAGCCGCGGCGGAAAGACACGCAUACACACUACACACACACACACGGCGUGCAGAGCGAGAGGGGAGGGCAAAUGGUCGUUUGGUGCUGGUUGCUGGUUGGUCCGACGGCCGGCAAAGAGACCGCCGCAAAAGGUGGAGCCUAUUGCAGCUCGCUCUCUUUUUGGCUGGCCUUUCUUCCUUCCUUUUCCUUCCUUUUUUUAUUUCCUUCCUCACCGGUAGGAGGGAGGGAGCGCACAUAUAUAAGAUGAAUCAAAACACCCCGGACUUCAAUCCGUGCUCAGUCCGCACAACGACACGACAGUCUUCAGUCCCGUCUGUUUGUUUGUUUGUUUUUUUCCCCACCGAGUUUUCUACUUUUUUCCAAGAGUGUCCCAUCCCGCCACUUGACACAACCACACACAAAAAACUACUUUUCUCCAAAUGUGUGAGUGCGUUUCGCCGUAAUUCGUAAACAGUGCAACUCAGGAAAUUUGGUCCAACAAUCAUUUUAAAGUGCGCGAAAUUCAAAGAGACAGCGCAGCGGCAGCUUCUUCUUCUUCACACACGAAAUCAACAACCUUCAAAAAUGGGCGACGAUGGAUCGAGUCCCAACAGUCCCAGCAGUUGCCGAAGUAGUCCCAUAAGUCUUCCGGGGAAAACGACGGACAGCCUCAACAUCAGCCGUGACAGUUCGCCGCAAUUGUCCGAUUCCGUCAAAGAGGAAGAAAACGCCGGAAGCCGGAACAAGACCACCAUCAGUCCGUGCAGCACCAGCAGCAAGCCGUCGGCACCACUUUCCUUCUCCAUCGCCCGGCUCAUCAACAAACUGCCGGCCGACGAAACCUCAACAUCAGAGUCGCCCGACAAUAAUAGGCCGUCGGGAUCAUCCGCCAAUAACAACGCCCAUCGGUCUCAACAUCCGCCCGUUUACCCGAUCCCGAUGUGGGCGCCAACAACGAGCGUCAACGGCAACAACACUAGGCCGCCACCGCCGCCGGCAUUUCCAUCCCAACUGAUGCCGGGCUACUUCCAGCAGCAGUUCCCCGAUCCCGGCAACAACAGUUUAAAUCAAAUGUUGCGCAACGUUUUGAUGCAUCAGCCGACGGACGCCCUGGCCACUUUGAUGCGACACUAUCAGCAACAGUUUUACGCAUCCGGACAUCCGCUCCAGUUUCCUUCGCACGGACCUCCGCCUUUGAAUUUGAGUUCCAGCAAUUCCGCAUCGACGGCCGCCAAUUUGCAAAAAGUCGAAAUUUUGAGAUCGGCCGCGUCGGCCUCGCUUCAACACAACAGUCGGCCCUUAUUGGCCCCUCACCAUCUUCACGAUUUUUGGUUUCACCCUGGACUAGUCCAGCCGCAAAAUGGACCAUCUUCCUCAUCUCUCCCUUUCAAAUCGGCUUUCGUCAAACCGAAUGUUAGGCCUAACAACCAGCAACAUCAACAACAACAGCAGCAGCACAGCAGCCCGGUGAGUCAAUCGAACAAGUCGAGCAGCCAUUCGUCGCAACAUCUUUCGCCGAUCGAGCCGGUCAAGCGCAACAAGAAAUUGGACGUGGAAGAGGACGAUGAUGAAGAGGACGAAGAUGAGGAUGUGACGAUUGGCGACGAAAUGGACGAGGAAGACGAAGACGACGAGGAAUUGGACGAAGACGAGUUGGAAGACGACGAAGAAGAUGAGGACGAAGACGAGGAGGAAGAAGAAGAUGAAGAAAGUCGAGUGAGCAGCAGCGGCGCCCUGGUUGGAUCUGACGAUCCCAGUCCGGUUCGAGCCGAGCAGCGACGUCGCCGCAACAACAACAAUAACAACAAGAACAAGCGACCGAAAAAGAAGAGCAAAACCGAGUCGGAGAAAACGACGACAAACAAAUCGAUUGGGGAGGGCGGAGAUCACCCGACGUCGCCGGCCGAUUCUUCGGCCGGGACGGGCGUCAACGGCUCGGGCGGCAGCGGCAACAACAACAACAAGGGCCGCGUUUUCACGUGCCCCGACUGUGGCAAAGUGUUCAACGCCCACUACAACUUGACGCGUCACAUGCCGGUGCACACGGGGGCCCGUCCGUUCGUCUGCAAGGUCUGCGGCAAGGGCUUCCGGCAGGCGUCGACGCUGUGCCGCCACAAGAUCAUCCACACGGCGGAGAAGCCGCACAAGUGCUCGACUUGCGGCAAGGCGUUCAACCGCUCCUCGACGCUCAAUACUCACGUGCGCAUUCACGCCGGAUUCAAGCCGUUCGUCUGCGAGCACUGCGGCAAGGGAUUCCACCAGAAGGGCAACUACAAGAACCACAAACUGACGCACAGCGUCGAAAAGGCCUACAAGUGCGUCGUCUGCAACAAGGCCUUCCACCAGAUCUACAAUCUCACCUUCCACAUGCACACGCACAACGACAAGAAACCGUUUACGUGCCGCAUUUGUGGCAAAGGAUUUUGCCGCAAUUUCGACCUCAAGAAACACACCCGCAAAUUGCACGACGCCCAUCAGCAGCAGCAACAACAGACGCCGACGUCGUCAACUUCGUCGGCUGUUGGAGCCAGCAGCAGCAAGGGGGCUGUUUUGGCGCCCAGUAUGAAUUCGUCUUUCAGCUCCAACGACGGCGAAAGGAGCAGCCUGGGCAGUAGCAACGGCGCCAGUCCGGUCCAGCAACCACGUUCAAUCGUCAAAACAUCACCGUCGGUCGUCGAGUCGGUCAUGCCGCCGCAUCAAUCCAACGCCAACCGGAUGGGCCGAACAAGCGGAGGCGGAGCCAAUAGUAAAAUGACUGGCGGUGGUAUGAAAAACAAACUUCAAAUCCCCCAUCAUCCGUCGGUGGCUAUGAAUCCGUUGGCGGCAUCCAUCCGGAGCCUCCAACAUCUAUACCAGAGCCCUUCGGCGACGCUUCCGCCAUUGAGCCUGACGUCGCCCUAUCACCACCAUCAUCACCACCACCACCACCACCAGGCGCAUUUAAUGUCGGCUGGAGGAUCUGUGGUGUCUUCGGGAUCGUCCAAUCGAGUCCCGUCGGGGGGAGCGCCGCCAGCGGCUCCGUCCCGUUUGUUUCAAAUCUCUUCCCUGUUAUGACCUUCUUCUUCUUCUUCUUCUUUCCACUUUUAGCUCUUCUAUUGAAUGUUUUCCCCCAAAUCCUUUUUGGCAUUUCAUUUGUUACAACACAACACAUUACGGUUCUUUCCUUUUUGAAAAUUUUGUGGAAUUUAUUCAUUGAUUAUAACCAAUACGUGUCUGUCGGACGAGAAUAUAAAACCAGACUACUGUACAGUAUAAAUCAAACGAGUCUUGCGCACAUAAAUAAAUAGUCUGGCAGCCAUAACAAUAAUAGCCCGUCCAUCUAAUAUAAAUCGCCGACGUGAAGAUUCGGGUUGGGAGACGUCGAGGGGGGCGGAGGACAAAUAGUAGGAGGAAUAUAUGAUAGCUGUCAACGACAGGAGAACCCCCGAACCCGUUAACGAGCUCCGUUUGAUUGCUGUUGCUGCUGGACGAAUAUGUUUUUGCUGGCCCAUGUCGAUUUGUUAAUAAUAAAGAGACCCGACAUCAACAUCAUCUGAUCUUCUGAAUUCCCCCCACCAAAACUGGACGGGUAAAGCUGGGCCCACACAACAACAACAACAACAAGAUGAUGAGUUCCGCCCCGAAUAUUUGUCGCUUUUUUUUUGUUCAUUUGUGUGAGGCAAGGCGACAGAUCGGACUGCGUCGACACCCGACAACAAUGACGUGUUAUGGCUGUCUCGUUGCCACGGCCGAGGUGUCGGACCGUGUUCCAUCUCCAUUCGACGCCACGACAAUAUGAACCGACAGCAGCCGCAACAGCUGCAGGUGAAAUCGACAACAACAACAACCAGAUCCACAGACGCAUCAGCAAGAAUCUGACGAUCGUCACAUUUUCACGUUGCCUGGCGAAAACCAAAUAACCACGGCGUCAUUAAAAACGAGGCAUAACAAUAAGACGUGGCAUUAUGCCAAAAUGCAUUAACUUUGAGCAAAUCAAAAACAGGACAUUCUAGAAAUAUCCGUCUCUGUUUAUUCCAUAGAAAUAAAAGGGACAGCAACUCUAAAUAGGCUCUCGAUCGUGCGAUUAAUAACACACGGCAGAAAAGAGACGACGGAAACUAUUCAAAAAAUAAAAGGGGGGAAGAGACUAGGGUGGACAAAAAAAAAGGUUCAAUCGCGUUUCAUGCUCGACUGGCACGGAGCAGCAGCGUUCAAAUCACUUACACAUCCAUAAGGAGUACUACAACCUUUCACUUUUUUUUUUUCGCUGGGCAAAUUCUGUCCUCGUCCUGUCAAAAAGAUGAUGGCGAUUCUUUUUUUUUUCUACUUAAUAAUCGAUUGUUUGAGACAUUCAUUGCGGCUAUCGUGUCGACAAGGCAAUUAAUAUGUCAUCCCGCGUCCCAGUUAUAUCCCACUUUGCCCGUCGCCUGGCUGUCAGUUGAUUGGAAUAGGAGCUGCUGCUGCUGCUCUUGAUUGUUUUGUGUGACCAUCUCAUCUACCCGGCCCAAAUGGAUCUAAAAGGAGGGGGGAGCCGGUCCAGUCGGGAAUCGAUUGGUCAUGAUUGUCAUCAUCAUGUAAUCGCCUACAACAUUUACACAACGGAGAAAGCCAUCAAACCUCCACCCCUCCCUUGUACACAGCCCAUGACACCCAUAUGAUGGGCCCACGAAAGUUGUUCCUACUCGUUUCUACUCACAACGGCCGAUGGUGAAAAGAGAGAAGAGGGUUCCCAAAAAGUUGCAGACAAAAGACGAGUGUGCAACCGGACAACAAAAUUUGAAAAUAAAAAAAUUUCAUUUUGGCCACAACAGGAGAGAGAGAGAGAGGCCCCGAAAAAGAAUAUUUUUCUCUCCCUGCUGCCUGAACUCUCUGCCCAGAGUCUAUUGAUAAAAACUUCGCCCGUUUCUCUCUCGGUCCCACUUGCCCCGCGCCCCCCCCUCUUCAUACAUUGGCUAGUCAACCGCACUAAUCUGAUAAUGCAACGUGCCUAGCUAUGGGUACACAUAUUAUAAGGCCUACACAUACACACACUCACUAUACUCUGCACACUCCCCGCUGUUAUAUUAUAGACUCUCCUCGUCGUCUACUUCUUCUUCUUCUUUUUUUCUUUUUUUUUAUAAAUAGCUGCUCCUCAUUCGCCCCUUAUUGAUCAUUAUUAUUCAGUAGGAGCCUAGCUGGAUGGAUGGAUGGAUAUUCCACUGUUGAUGAGCAGUUCUGUGCAGGCAGUUGAAACGGUUCAUUUCGGGUCGACGCUCUUUUUUCUUUCCCUUUUGAUAUGGGGACAGACCCCGCGCGCGCUUACACCGAAAAACAUGUCGGGAUUGUGUGUGUUGUAAUCCCUCAAGUCUAUUAUACGCCGCAGAUCAAAAAGUACAUGUAUGCACAUCACAGCAGUCUAAUCCAAGCAAGGAGAAUGCUAAACUGCAUCAUCCAGCGGUUGCCGCUGAUCGGACAUUUGAUUCACCCGUGAAUAGAAACGGUCGCCAUCGCAAAAAGGAAAAAAAGAGCUACGAUACUUGAAAUAGAAGAUACACGACAGAGUUGGCAAAAGAAACUGGACGACGACGCAAAUCUUCGCUCUUUUCUCCGUAACUUGUUUUUUCUUUUCAAUCAAAGAUUUAUAAAUCUUGAUGGUGAAAAGAGUUUUUGGCCGGUGGAGUAUACUACGCUCUGCACAGUUUCUCAAACAGUCUAUGUACUUCUUUCUUUCAUCAAUCUCGUUUCUAGAUCUAGAAAGAAGAAAAUUACUCCCUCAACGUGCUGUAAUCCCAUGUAUACGACCGAAUCUAUCCGAACCGACCAUCAAUUGAUGAGAGAUUCGCCACAGGUGUCUUUUCCUUUUGUGCAAGAGUAUUUAAAAGUAAAUAGGCCUGGCACUAGUUCCCUAUUUCUUUAUUUUUCUCUUUCCCUUUUUCACUGAUGUUAUGUGCCAGUUGUUUGCCUUCUCAAGAGAACAUCAACAUGUUUGUUUGAUCCGGAUGAUGAAGAAAAGUAGACGUGAAAAGAGAUGAGGCCCAGUCUAAGCGAACGUUCAAUGCCGGAAAUUGCAAUCCUUUUCUUUCUUAUAGAUUUUUUUCUCUCCCCUGCAUCCACCCCUCUCUUCGUUUUGGGUCCACAUCUUGUUUUGUGUUGUGUGGAACAAGGCGAUUAAUCCCCCCCUCAGACAUGAUCUUCCUCCGCACUGUACGUAUAACCUUAUAUAGACGCACCACACACACCUAUGCCGUUCGGGUGAGCAGCUUCUUCUUCUUCUACUUUUUCUCAACAUUUACUGUGUACCCCUCGCUCGCAUACGUACGACGACCCAGAGGUGCUCAAAUACAAGACUGGCGGCUUGUAAUCCACCCUCAUCCGAUCAACAUCGCUCCAUUGAGUCUCCCUCUCUCUCCAUUUUUUUUCUUCCCUUCAUUUAUGCGCUACUAUAUAACCCUGCGUUAUUUUUUUCUCUCUCUCUCUAAUUCUCCUUCCUCGAGUGUGUUACAAUCGUAUCUCUACUAACUACAAGGAAUUCCGUUUUGUAUCUCUUUCAUCGAAUCUUUGGGCAGACAUCCGGUUCUCUUAAAUAAGAACCGGAGGGUGAGUCCUCCCCCCAAUCCGACCCGAUCUUUUGUUCCACUUAUAUUAUUGU